UUAAACACGUGGUGGGAAUCAGCUGAUUUGUGGUCGUACGUCAAAAUACAAAUGAGUGAUCAAACAGUUCUAUUCUUUCUGAUAUGUGAUAUACGUACUUCGAAAUAAAAUAAGUAAUAUUAAAUCAUAAAAAUGAUGGUAGAUAUAGACGAAGCCGAAGUGACGAAAGUUCAAUCACAAAAUGACAGUGUUGAGGAUAUAGUAGAUUUUUCUAAAGCUACAGAAAAAUUGGCACAUGGAAUAUUAACUAUCUAUCAACCAUCAUUGGAGAAAGUCAAGGAAAAUCUUAAUGAAUUGACAAGUAAGCAAGAAGUUUUACUUAAUCAAAUACAAAAUGAUAAUAAGAAACUUCAAGAUGUCCUUGAAGAUGCAGAUUUAAAUGAAAUGUUUACUACCAUUAAAUUAUAUCAAGGAAAAUUAACAACUAUUAAAAAGGAAAUGGUCAUGGUACAUGAUAGGACCUUCAAAUUAAAAAAACGGGCAUUACGCUUACAACAAAUUAAACAGAAGGAAGCUCUUGGUAGAGAACAACAAAGAGAACAAGAGCUUCGUAGAGAACAAGAAUUAAUUGGUAAGCCUACAACAUCUCAAUGAAAUUCAAUGCCUGU